GUGCAAGCUAUUUCUUGAUAAUCUCAUCCCACCUCCACCACCACUAUUUCUCCUCAUUCUCUUUAAGCUUCUCCUCAUCAAUCUUAAUAUCUCUCUCUAUAUAUAUAACAAUAACAUCGCUUUCUAAAUCUCUUGAAAACAACCACUAAAUUCUUUUCUCUUACUGUUUCUCCUAUUCACAACAUAUAUAUAUAUAUAUAUAUCGUCUACAUCCAUUCAAAAGGCCUGUCUUUUUUGAUCGACAUCUCGGUGAAUCAUUAAGUAAUGCUCUCACUGUUUUGCAUUCUUGAACUAUUCUAUUUCUGUGUUGGAUGUUGCUUAUAGAGCAAGCCAUUGAAGAUUGGAGAUCAUGGGAAGCCAUCUGAGCAAGAAGGGUGAUGAAGAAAGCUCAGGCAAGAAUCUGGGGUUCUCGAGAGAGCUGAACUCGUACGAGGCGGCCUGCAAAGUGGACGCCGAUCUGCAGGCGUUCGACACGUCUCUGCAAGCUCGCACAAGCAAUGUGAUCAGCUCUCUGGCCGCAGGAAUGGAGGUGAGAGCUGUAUCCUUCGAUUCACUGCGACAAGUGACGGAAUGCCUCCUCGACAUGAAUCAAGAAGUGGUGAAGGUCAUCCUAGAGUGCAAGAAAGAUAUUUGGAAGAAUCAAGAGCUGUUCGAUCUCGUGGAGGAUUACUUCGACAACAGCCUCAAAACCCUCGAUUUCUGCGCCGCCCUCGAGAAAUGCCUCAAGCGCGCCCGAGACAGCCAGCUGCUCAUCCUCCUCGCGCUCAAUCAGUUUGAAGAAGAAGACCAAGGCGGGGAAAUUAGGUAUUCCAAAACGUUGGAGGAAUUGAGGAAUUUCAAAGAUGCAGGGGAUCCCUUCACCGAUGAAUUUUUCCAGAUGUUCCAAUCUGUUUAUCAGCAGCAGACGCACAUGCUAGAGAAGCUGCAGAGCAAGAAGCAUAAACUGGACAAGAAGCUCAAGUACAUCCACUCAUGGAGGAAGCUUUCGAGCAUAAUAUUCGCAGCAACUUUCGCGGCCGUGCUGAUCUGCUCGGUGGUGGCAGCGGCGAUGGCGGCCCCGCCUGUGGCGGCCGCGUUGGCGGCGGCGACGUCGAUUCCGCUGUGGUCGAUGGGGAAGUGGAUAGACUCGGUGAUGAAAGGGUACGAGAGCGCAAUGAAGGGGCAGAAGGAGAUGGUGAACUGCAUGAGCGUGGGGACUUUUGUUACCAUUAAAGAUUUGGACAGCAUCCGCGUGCUGAUCGAUCGGUUGGAGAUGGAGAUGGAGUCGGUGAUGGGAGCGGCGGAGUUCGCGAUGAUGAACGAGGAGGCGGUGAGAGUUGGGAUCGAGGAGAUUAAGAAGAAGUUGGAUGUGUUCAUGAAGAAUGUUGAGGAGUUGGGGGCGCAGGCUGAUAACUGCAGCCGCGAUAUUAGGAAGGCGAGGACUGUGAUUCUGCAGCGGAUCAUCAAGCCGCCGCCGCAUUGAACAAUUCAUCGUCUCUUAUAUUUAUAUCUAUAUAUGUCUGUGUAAGCAUGUUGAACUACAGCUCUCGAUCGACCUUAAUUAAUUAUGUCUGCUUAGUAUUAGAGAUUGAAUAAAUGGAAUGUUGGUAAAGUUUAAUUA